GAUCUGGAAUUGAAUUAGAUUAAACCCGGCAGUGCCGUGUGCAUACUUUCGACUUGACGUUGCAUUUGGAUUGUGCGGAACCAUGAAGAGCGAGCCAAUUAUCGAAAAGAUACGCAAUAAACUGAAGGAUUCAGAUCCUGAUCGACGAACUGUUUUAAGUGUGUUUCAAUUUAACUUUACUGAUGCCGAUGGCAAGCUAAUUAAAAGUACAGUAUUCGAUUUUAAAGAUUUAAACAUCUAUGAUGGCACAACUGAUGCAUCGGAUGCUGAAAUAACUAUUUCCGAUGAAGAUUUUUAUUUGGUGGGAACAAAAGAAAUAACUUUUGAUAAACUGUUAGCUGAGAAAAAGGUUUUAGUAAAGGGAGAUAUGACAGCCAUCGAUAAAAUACUUGCUAAGUUUCGUUCUGGAGCAGAGAAGUGAUCACAAGAAAAGCCUGCCUGAAUUUUCAUUUAAUAACAAUGACUAUUAUUACAUAUAUAUAUGUAUUUAGUUCCUUUUUUUAUUCUACAUAUAAUCUUAUAUAAUAUAUUGACUCAUGACACUUUUGAUGGAAGUAUGCGAUAUAAACGUUUGUACAUAUAUUUACAUGUAUGUAUGUACAUAUGUGUGCCCAUGAUUUUGAAAGUGUUAUAAGUCAAAAAUUUU